AUGGACGCUCACUGUGACGUUUCCAACAACAAUCUAUCCUCCAGUGGUCCCGCCCCCCACCAGGUCAAAACCCCGCCCCCUCCCCGGCGUUUCCGCCAGACGCCCGCUCAUGAUUGGCUGUUUGUACUAUUUACCUUUUCUCCGGAUGUCGCGUCACGCACUUCCAAGGUUUUCCACCCAGCUAUCACCAAGGCCUCCCCCGUUGUGAAGAAUUCCAUCACAAAGAAUCAAUGGCUCUUAACACCCAGCAGGGAAUAUGCCACCAAGACAAGAAUUGGGAUGCGCCGAGGGAAAACCACCCAAGAGCUCAAAGAAGCGGCAUUCGAGCCAUCAAUGGAAAAAGUAUAUAAAAUUGACCAGAUGGGAAGGUGGUUCGUUGCUGGAGGGGCUGCUGUUGGUCUUGGCACACUGUGUUACUAUGGCUUGGGAAUGUCUAAUGAGAUUGUAUGUGUCUUUCAGACAGUUGGUGCAACCCUUGUAGCCAUGAUUGGAGCUGGAAUGCUAGUACAGUCCAUAUCGUAUCACCAGAACAAGGGCCCGAAGCAUCUUGCUUGGUUGCUACAUUCUGGUGUGAUGGGUGCCGUGGUGGCUCCUCUGACAAUACUGGGGGGACCCCUUCUCAUAAGAGCUGCAUGGUACACCGCUGGCAUCGUCGGAGGCCUCUCCACUGUGGCCAUGUGUGCUCCCAGUGAGAAGUUUUUGAACAUGGGCGCACCACUGGGAGUGGGCCUGGGUCUUGUGUUUGUGUCUUCACUGGGGUCCAUGUUUCUAGCACCGAACACUGUGGCUGGUGCCACUCUGUACUCAGUGGCAAUGUAUGGUGGAUUAGUUCUUUUCAGUAUGUUCCUUCUAUAUGACACUCAGAAAGUAGUCAAACGUGCAGAGGGAACACCAUUGUAUGGACAGAACAGAUAUGAUCCAAUCAAUUCGAUGUUGGGAAUCUACAUGGAUACACUGAAUAUAUUUAUGCGCGUCGCAUCUAUGCUAGCAACUGGAGGUAACAGAAAGAAAUGAAGUGACAGCUUCUGACUCCUCCAGCACAUCAGAUGUCUUGCUGUUGAAUAGGGCAGAUAUUCAUUGCACAGUUUGGACAAGCAGCUUUCAUUGAAGUUUAGAAGAUAAGAACCUGUCAACAUGUUUGAAAUGUUCCAGUAAUGUGACCCUUCAGGUCUGCUUUUUCUUCUAGAGAAUAAAUUGAGUAGUACUCUUCUAGAUAAGAUAUAUUUUCAACUCUUAUAUAUAAAUAAUCCUAACAUUCUUUAACAAACAUGAAAACUAAGAUUUGUGUUAUGAGAAUUAA